CCUAAAAAAAAAAAAAAUAGCUUCAUCAUGCCCCCUAAGAAGGCCGUUAAAGAAGAAAAGACUUUGCUUGGACGUCCCUCCAACAACUUGAAGAUUGGUGUUGUCGGUCUUCCAAACGUCGGCAAGUCUACCUUCUUCAACGCCUUGACCAACGCCUCUGCUGCUGCCGAGAACUAUCCUUUCUGUACCAUCGAGCCCGAAGAGUCCCGUGUCGCUGUACCUGAUGCCCGUUUCGAUUGGUUGUGCAAGCACUACAAGCCCUCAAAGGAGAUCCCUGCCUUUUUGACUGUCAUUGAUAUUGCCGGUCUCGUCAAGGGUGCUGCCUCUGGUGCUGGUCUCGGUAACGCUUUCUUGUCUCACAUCAAGGCUGUGGAUGCCAUUUUCCACGUUGUCCGUGCUUUCGAUGAGCCCGAUGUUAUCCACGUCGAGGGUGAAUUGGAUCCCGUCCGUGAUUUGGAGAUCAUCCACGAGGAGUUGCGUCUCAAGGACGAGGAGUUCUUGGCCAAGCAGACCACCGAACUCGCCAACGUUGUCCGCCGCGUCGGUAACGGUGGUAACGCCAACGACAAGGCCAAGAAGGAAGAGGCCGCAACCGUCGCCAAGGUGUACGAGUGGGUCAAGGAGGGUAAGGAAGUCCGCCACGGUGUCUGGACCAACAAGGAGAUCGAGGUCAUCAACGGUCUUCACCUCAUCACCGCCAAGCCUGUCAUCUACCUCGCCAACGUGUCCGAAAAAGAUUACCUGAGAAAGAAGAACAAGUGGCUUCCCAAGAUCAAGGGAUGGAUCGACGAGCACAGCAAGGGUGACAUCAUGAUCCCUUACUCUGGUGCAUUUGAGAACCGCAUGUCUCUCUUGACCGCCGAAGAGAGAGCCGAGACCCUCAAGGAACUUGGCAUCGUCUCGGUCUUGCCCAAGAUCAUCGUCACCGGCUACAGCGCUCUCCAGUUGGGCUACUACUUCACAGGUGGUCCUGAUGAAGUCCGUGCCUGGACCAUCCGUCGUGGCACAAAGGCUCCCCAGGCUGCUGGUGUCAUCCACACUGAUUUCGAGCGUGGUUUCAUUAUGGCCGAAGUCAUGAAGUACGAGGAUCUUCAUGAACUCGGUUCCGACAGCGCUGUCAAGGCCAAUGGUAAAUACAUGCAGAAGGGUAAGGAGUACGUUGUUGAGGAUGGCGAUAUCAUCUUCUUCAAGUUCAACGUCACUGCUGCUCCUGCCAAGAAGAAGUAAAAACAAAAAUAUAAUAUAAAAUAAAAUAAAAUAAAAUAUUACAAUACAACAAUAAAAUAACACCACAUCACAUAUAUAUAUAUAUAAAGGUUAAUGU